ACAAUUACCAUCUACAAAAAAACUAAAUGAACAAAUCAAAAAUGGUUAUUGGGAUCGUUCACCAGAAGAAAAUUAUAGAUUAGAAAUGAUUAGAAAAAAUUUCAAUCCUGAUACAAAGAAUCUAAAGCAUAGAAAAGAUGAAGUUAUGUUGAAAAAGGAUGAUUUUUCACCAUUAAAAAUAUAAUUUUUUAUUUUCUUUUAGUUUGUUUAUUUGUAAUUAAUCAUAGUCUUUAAAAGUAUAUAUAUUAAAAUUUUAAAAUGAA